CAUGGAACCCUGUACCCUACUAGAAGCGAAUGGAAUGUCAUUACGUUAUGAUACGACGUCGCUUACUCUGUUCGAAUCUUUAGAUUCUCUGACUGUCACCCCUCUCUGUCUCUUGGUAGAUAUACAAAUGCCAUACGUCUAACCCCUUUUGCUGUGUCUGAGUGCAUUGAUUGUGUUUGUACUUGGCGAUAUCGAGAGGUCAAUAAAAUGGGGGCCGGACGCGAAAUGACAACGUCGUUGGACGGAGUAAGGGACAAGAACUUGAUGCAACUGAAGAAGCUCAACUCUGUCCUAUUUCCAGUUCGUUACAAUGACAAAUACUACGCCGAUGCUCUCGCCUCUGGUGAAUUCACAAAGCUCGCAUAUUACAGCGACAUAUGUGUUGGUUCAAUUGCAUGCCGGCUUGAGAAGGAAGACGGAGCUGUUCGUGUAUACAUUAUGACAUUGGGUGUUUUGGCGCCAUAUCGUGGGCUAGGUAUUGGUACGAAGCUGGUAAAUCAUGUUCUUGAUCUCAGCUCCAAGCAGAAUAUUGGUGAGAUUUACUUGCAUGUGCAGACAAACAAUGACGAUGCCAUCAACUUCUAUAAGAAAUUUGGAUUUGAAAUCACAGACACCAUCCACAACUAUUACAUAAACAUUACCCCUCCGGACUGCUAUGUUCUUACCAAGUCCAUCAUUCAACCUCGAACAAAAAAAUAAAAACUAUAGCGCUGGUUCCCUUCUAGGAUAAAGUUUCACCUUUGCAUUUACACUGGUGUGCAAGUGUUGAGGUACUAAAGAUGCUAACUUAGAGAAAUGGGGUUGCUUAUGAAGACUAUUUUUUUUUUUGCUCCCUAGGAUUCCUUUAUUUUAUUUUCUAAUGUUUUGAUGCUCCCAACAAAUUGAAGUCCUUUGUUGAAACUCUUUAGAACAAGAACUGGUUAAACUCUUGUAUUUUAUGGGGACUAAUUGAAUAGAUUCUGUUCUCUAAGAAAAUGCAUAUUACUCAAUUUAAGACAUUAAAUUUGAUCAAUUUAUUUGUUUUACCCUGCCAGUCUUUGAGUAGAGACAUUUUGAUUGUCUUUGUGCUGAAUGUGAUCAGUCUUGG